AUGGAGCGCAAGGAUCGAAAGCGAAAGGCACUUGAAUCGUUUUUGGUCUCGGAGAGGAUCACUGAACUUACGUCCGAGCUAAAGAAGAACGAUGCGGCACUACGAGAAGAAAUUCAAGAGCUUCAUGAUGAGGUCAAUAGUCUGAAGAAAGAUCUAGAAAGCAAAAGUGAAGAAUCUGCUCGGUUUCAAGCCGAAGCGGAAUUCCUUCAUCCUGAUGCUGUGGUGGAUCGUGUCCGAACCAAAUUAUGGCACCAUGGUGACCUUAGUCUUCUUCGUAAAGCCAUUGAUCCGAGAACACGUGUGCUUCGUGUGACGGAAAGCCGAAGUGAUCGAAGUCUCUACAUUUGUGAUACCACGCCAAAAAAAGCGGGUAGCAAGGCACAUUUGAAUGAUAGCAAAGUACAUGAGUUUUCACCAAAACACGAGUGUGAGGACACGUUACCAAUGGUGACGAAGAUAACCGAACCCGUAGAAGAUUCAAAUUAUGCGGUGGAAGCUCUAGAAUCGAAUGCAAUGGACUGUGGGGAUGUUUCAUCCGUGUCAAAAGAUAUUGUACAGACCAAGCCAUGGCCGUCGCAGGACAUGGCAGAGACUCAAGUCGUAUUGCAACAGGAUAGUCGUAUACAAGACACUAUGCAAAAGGACGUGUUGAAAGUCAUUUAA